GAGCAGCAAAGCCAUCUGGGACGGAUCCAGCGAUCUGAGCUCUUCAUUGAGAAAAAUCCACAGCCGAGUUUUAUUCGAGGAGUCGCGGGGGAUGUAGGGGAGGAAAAUCUGCGUUUUUACACUGACGAGAAGCUUCACUUAUCAAGCUGAAGACUCCUCGGGCAUGGACGGCUUUCAUGACCAGCAGGUGCCCUUCGUGGUCCCUGAGAGCAUAUGUGACGCCGACGGAGCGGAGAGAUGUCUCAGCGACCGGAAAAGGAAGUUCAUGGACACGGAGCUGGCUCAGGACACAGAAGAUCUCUUCCAAGACCUGAUCCAGCUGCAGGAAAUCUGGAUCGCAGAAGCUCAGGUCCCCGAUGACGAGCAGUUUGUCCCAGAUUUCCAGUCCAACAAGUCGAUCUUUCAUGGAGCGCCGAGCAGCAAAGUGAAGAGAGAGUGCAAUCCGUCCCCCUGCAGGACGCCACACGCCGACCCGUGCCUGUACAGCUACAGUGCAUGUGACAACAAGCCGCCCGCGCUCAGAGCUCCGCCUCCACCCUCCGCGCCGGCACACGGCGGCUCCCCUCAUCCCGCCGGAGCUCCGCCCCCGCAGAGGCACUUGCAACCUUCAGCCCCCCGGCUGCCCAACAACUGCCCCCGAAGCCACGCUCCCACCCCGAGCCCCUCCCGCCACCACAACCACCCGGCGACCCUCCAAAGCCAGCGGUUUGCUCUGCCGCGCCCCCCCGCCUGCCGCCCUGGCUCAUCCUUCGGCGGGGAACAAAGGUUUCAGCGGCAGCUGUCGGAGCCGUGUUUGUCCUUCCUCACGCCGGAGGAAGCGGCGGGCGCGACUUACCAGCCCCCGAUGGGCGACGGCCGACCGGCGUACCAGCGACACCACUCGGAGCCGCCGGUCCCCCGCGGCCCCCGGGCUUUCAAACAGGAGCUGGUGGAUCCGCGGUACCCGGAGCCGGGGCCCCCAGGGCCUUUCAACCACAUCACCAUCAAACAAGAGCCAAGAGACUUUGGCUUCGACACCGAGGUUCAAACCUGCCAGUCGUCAUUCGGGAAGUCCUCGGUCUUGUACCAGAAUAACUGCGUCGGCAUCGACAGGGAGCGGCCUUUGUACUACGACGACACUUGUGUCGUGCCAGAGAGGCUGGACGGUAAGGCCAAGCAGGAGGGUUUGCCGUACCAGCGCCGCGGCUCCCUGCAGCUCUGGCAGUUCCUUCUCACGCUGCUGGACAACCCGGCCAACGCGCACCUGAUCGCGUGGACGGGACGCAACAUGGAGUUCAAACUGGUCGAUCCGGAGGAGGUGGCUCGGCUUUGGGGCCUCCAGAAGAAUCGCCCGGCGAUGAACUACGACAAGCUGAGCCGCUCUCUGAGGUACUACUACGAGAAGGGCAUCAUGCAGAAGGUGGCUGGCGAGCGGUACGUUUAUAAGUUUGUAUGCAACCCCGAGGCGCUGUUCUCGCUGGCCUUCCCGGACAACCAGAGACCGAGUCUGAAGCCCGACCCGGACGCCAUCCGGCUCCCCAGCGAGGAGGACGAGGGCGCCUACCCGGCUGAGGGGGGGGAGCAGUGCGUCCAGGGACUGGCUUUCCCUGACAGCUACCCGUACUAGACCUGCAAAACCUUUUUCCUGAAUCACAGAUGUUUCCCCGUCUGUCACGAUGACCCCGCGACCCCCUCAGUUGUACUUUUGUGUCACGGCCGUCGCUGUAUUCCUCACGGACCUGAACUCUGGGACUUCAACCAAAAAGUAUCUUAAAACCAUGGGCACUCCUUUACUAAUGAAAUUAGUUCUUAUUGUUUGUCUUUGGUAAACAUUGUACUGCUUGAAAGGGACGCACGUUUUCCAGAUGUUGUAGCCUAUGGAGCCAAAUCCAUGAUUUGUGAUUACACGCCCCUCUCAGUUGAUGCCACGCCCCCAACGCCAGAUAUUGGCCAAAAGUCUGAAUGUGAGAAAGUACAAUCCGUAAGUGGAAGAAAAUAUUUGAAACAUGAAAAUAUAAGAUCUGAAUAUGACAAUAUAAAAUCUGCAACCGAAAGCUAGAAUACCGUGACAAAAAAUAUAUGCAAUUAUAUAUGUGUAUGUGUAAAGAAUGAAAACAAAUUAAAUUAAAGUCAAGAACUGAGUCAAAACUACAUUCAACCCAAAAAAUACUUUUUUAUUUUGAAUACAUUGUCGUAUUUUUCAAGACCAAAACCUAAACUUUGUUUUUCAAAUGAUCAAAACUUUUAAUUCUGGAUUUGGCUCCAUAAGAGUCCUCCUAUGAACAUGUAUGUUCAAAUGUCUUUUGUGUACUUAUUUCAAAGAUAAUAUUUUUGGCAUUAAAUGGACUUGUAAUAUUUUCCUAAACUGUUUUAUGACAAAGGUACUGCUACUAUUUUUCUGUAAUACUGCCACCAAGAUGCCAAUAAUAAGCAUGAACUUUCUUACAGCCGGCUCACCACUUAUUGUACUCGGACGGUUUGCUGCAUUUUGUAUAGUUUAUUCGCUUCAAUGUGUAGAAACGCUAUAUAAUUAAAAUAUAUUUUUGCAAAAGGCUGCAUUUACUUGACAUUGUGCUAUACAAGCUGCAGGGUUUAGCCCGCUAAUGUAUUUCAUCAAUUGCAGCCUCUCCGAGAUAGAUGACUUCCAGUCCUGCAGAUAGAAAUGGACGUAUGUGAGUGUAUGUUUUGCUCUAUGGUCACGUGGUGGUUUGAGUGGAGGAGGUGGUGGUGUGUGAUGGAGGCUGGAGGGAGGUUUGGACACCGGUGUGACGUCUACCCCUCGGAUACUGUCUGUGUGCCUUCUGUUGAUCCUUACUAAUACAAUAAACUAUUUUACUCAUUU